AUGUUUUAUCGACCACAAAGGGUACUCGGUGUUUCAAAAUUGUCUUCGUUGGAAUUCUUGAAAUUUCGAAAUCCCGAUCUCAAUGAGGAUCAAAUUUUAUCGAAAAUGAAAGAUCAAGGGAUGGAUCCCCAAAAAAUUGUCACGGAGCAUCGAUUGCAAAUUGCUUGCGAAGAAAAUCUAGCGAAGAUUCUCAAAAGACUCGAUAUCAAUUUUCGUAUUACGAAAAGAAAAACAGUAAAAAAAUGUGAUUCUCAGAACUCACUCCUUCUCAAUUGUUAUCUUUGGUUUCUGAGUUAUUUUUUUAACGUUUACGUUUCGUUGUUUAGGAUAAUCGAUGCAAUGAAAUACGUGAAUUGGGCGGAUCUGGUGAUCCCCAUUGGAGGAGAUGGGACAUUUCUCCUGGCGUCCAAGCUGAUCAAGGACAACACAAAGCCUGUGUUCGGGAUCAAUCCCAAUAUCUUCAGCGGCAGUAACAUAUUUACUCUUCCACCCAAGUAUGCAGUGAAUAUCGGGAGCAUAUUUGAAAAACUCCAUUCAGGAGAAUACACGUUAUUGAUGCGGAGUCGCAUACGAACUGUAAUGAACGGGGAGGGACUUUACAGCCGACCUUUUCACAUACACGAGAAGAGUCGUAGACACGGAGAGAGAAGAAUCGAAACCCUCAUACGAUCGUCCCAAAGAAAGAUGGCUGACGCUCUUCAACCACGCCAAAGAAACUUGCCUUGGCUGGCGCUGAACGAAGUGUUCAUGGGAGAAUUUUUGGCAGCAAGACCGAUAACGUUGGUCAUCCAAGUCGAGGAUCAAGAGUCACAGAUGAUCCGAUCUUCGGGUAUAUGCGUGUGCACUGGCUCGGGAUCCAGAUCCUGGUACAAAUCUAUGAAUCAUCGACCUCCUGGUACCCUUAAAAAAAUCGUGGAAAUAGCUACUGGCAGGAAAUUGAACCCAGAAGAGAUCAAUGAUUUAUUGUAUAAGUACCAGCAAGCUCUUCUGUAUCCUCCAGAAGAUUCACGAAUGACGUAUAUGGUACGCGAGAUAAUUUAUAACACACGUUUCGUGAAGUGUUUCCUGGAAAAUCAAAAAUGCAAUAAACUGACUGUGAAAUCCUGCGGCUUCGACGCUGGACUCGUUAUAGACGGAAGCAUUUCGUUGCCUUUUAACGACGGAACAAGUGCCUCUUUUGAAAUCAAACCCGAGUACUCUCUUAAGCAAAUUGUUGUAACAUAA